AUGUCAAGGGCAAGUGAGACCAACCGAGACUAUGAAAUAAAGUUAAUGGAGGUCCAGUUAGAGGUUGGCUUUGAACUGGCUAAAAUCUUGGCCGAAACUAUCCAUCCUGCCUUUGCUGGAACUAAUGCCGAAGAUGGAGAAGUUUGUGGGAUUCGUCAAGAAGAUAUGGAGAAAGGAGUGGAAGCAAGAGCCAUGGCUGACUGCAGCCAUAAGUUCCAUGGAUGUUGUAUUUUCGAGUGGGUUAAGAGGAAAAGCGGCUGUCCUUUAUGUAGAUGUCAGAUGGAGACCAAGAAACACUACGAGUUUUAA